AUGAAUGACAAUCCAGAGAAUAAUUUCAGCAUUCUAGAUGUGAGUCCUCGAUAUAUCGAAUUUUUUUAUGAAUGUCUAGAAGAUGUAGAUGAUUUUUCAGAGAAGAAAAAAGAAAAUAUAAUAGAAAAGAAGAGUUUAAAAAUAAAAAAUAUAUGUACUAAAAUUCAAAAUAUAGAAAUAUUUGAAACUGAAUAUAAGUAUUUAAAAAUAAAAGGAAGUAAAAAAAAAAAGUUGGCUCCUGGGACCUGUGAAAAUAUAUGUAUAGAAUUUUCAUUAUAUAAUAAUAUGGAUAUAAAAAAAUAUAAAAAUGAUAAAAAAAAAGAAGAUGUAUUAAACAUAAUAAAUAAUAUUGAACGUACUAUAUUUCUUAAAAUAAAAACUGAGUAUACAUCUUUAUCUAUACCUAUAUAUAUAAAAAAAAAAGUAGCCAUAUUUUUUUAUGAUAAUAUUAUUAAUUUUGGAUUAUGUAAACAAAAUAUGACAUAUCAUUAUUCUAUGAAGGUAAAAAAUGUAGGACAAAAAAAAGGAACACUUACAAUAUGUAAUGAUAUAUAUGAAGGUAUGAAAGGGAAGAGGAAUCAUAUAUUUUUUCAGGAUGAUAAAGUAAAAAUAAAACAAAAUGAAUCCUGUAUGAUAAAUAAUAAUAAAGAUAAUGACAAUAUUAAAAAUUAUCAUAAUGUUCCUAAUAAGAAGGAAAAAAAUGAUUACACUCUUAUUAGCUUUGAUAAAACUUCUAUCACUUUAGACAUGAAAGAAAGUGAUAUUAUAAAUAUUGAAAUAAAAAAUUUAAAAGAAGAAAAAGUAUAUCGUGAAUAUAAUAUAUUAACAUUAGAAAAUAGUUACUUUGUUAAUAAGCCACGAAAUAUUAUUAUUAUAGCUGUUUUUAUAAAUAGUUGUACUUCUUUUUAUUAUGAAAAUAUAAAAACAAAAGAAAUAAAUAUUAAUUAUAUAUAUUAUGGAAAUAAAAAAAAAAUACAAGGACAAAUAAAAAAUGAAAAUAAUUAUAAUAUAUCUUAUCAAUAUAAAAUCAAAAAAGUGCAUGCUUUCUAUACAUUGGAAAAUUUUAAAAAGUAUCUACAUUUAAAUAAUUUGUCUGCUGCAUCUUUGGAACAGGAUUUAUGUGAGGUGGAAAAUCUUUUAGGACAGGAAGAAAAAGAAGAUAAAGAAAAAAUGAUGUCCAUGACAAAAAAACUGAUGCAUAUAGAAAAUAACAUUGAAGUGAAAAUGAAUAAUGAUAAUGUUUGUAAUGUAAAUAAGUUAAAUUAUGAAUCUGUUUUUUUCGAAAUAUCUUCAAAGCCUGAUCUUUUGUUCUUAGAAAAAAUAAAUAAAAAUAAAUCAUACCUUUUAAACAUUCCAAUUAUAAUAGAUAUCACAUUAUUUGUUGAUAAAAAAAAUGAUGAUGAUGAAAAAAACAAGACGAAUAAGAUAAAAACAGUAGAGGGUGUAAGUGUCAUGCAUGAUGAUAAUAAUAUAAAAAUAAUAAAUAAAAAAAAUAAAAUAAAUAAUAAUACUAAAAAUAAUCAAGAUAAUAAUAAUAAUGAUAAUAAUAAUGAUAUUAUUAAUGAUGAUAUUAUUAAUGAUAAUAUUUGUUGUACAAACUUUUUAGAAGUUCAUAAGAGAGACGAAAAAGAUAGAAACUCAUCUAUUCCUCAUACUUAUAACUGUUAUAAGGAAGAAAUAAAUCUAUAUCUCAUUUUUUGUUUAACAUUUCCAUGUUUAAUAACGAAUAUAUAUUUUUUGAAUUAUAAGAAAGUUACAACAGAAGAAACUAAAAGUAUGAUAAUAGAAUUAGUAAAUAAAAAUAAAUUUUUAAAUAUUAAUUAUAGUAUAUCUAAAAUUCCUUAUAUAACAAUAAAUAAAAAAGAGGGGAAAAUUAAUCCACAAGAAAAAGAUAUAAUAACACUUACAUUGAAAUGUAAUAUCAUAAAGAAAAUUAAUGAAUAUAUGUAUAUUUUUUUUUGUAAUAAUAUAUAUUUUUUUGUUAUUUUUAUAAAUGGAGAAGUGCAAUUAUUAUCAAAUAGUAAUGAUGAUAUGCUGACAAAGAAAAAUAUAAAAAAUAAAUAUGAUAAUAGUAAUGAUAGUAAUGAUAGUAAUAAUAAUAGUACAUAUAUAUUAAAUCAUAUCAGUCAUAUAAAAAAAAACAAAAACGUAAAGAGAAAUGCCAAUGAUCAUAAUAUUAACAAUGAUGAUAAAAUAUUCGAACGCAUUCUUAAAAAUGUAGAAUGCAAUAAAGUAAACAGACAUUUAUAUGAACAAGAUGGACAACUAGAUAAAUAUAAAUACAAUGAAAAUUUUAUGAAUUAUUUAAAAAAUAAUAAAAAAAAAUAUAACGAUGUUUUGAAAUAUAUCUACAAAAAGAGACAUAAUUCAAAACAUAAUAUUACAAUUAAUAACAACAUAAAAAAUAAUGAUUCUAUGAUGAUCAAAAAAGGUUGUCAAAGUUUACAAUAUAAAAAAGACAAUAAUAAUAAUAAUAAUAAUAAUAAUAAUUAUAAUGUAGAUAAUCAUAAUAAUAUAAUAAAAGAAUGUAACAUAGAUGAUAAAAGAACAAUCGUUUUAAAAGAUAUUUAUAUAUAUGUAAAUGAAGAAUAUACAAAUAAAAUUACAAAUAUAUAUAUACCUCAACAUUUCUAUGAAGACAAAAGAAAACAAUAUAUAGAUAUAAAAAAAAUGAAUAAACAACAAUAUAUAAUUACAACAAUGAAAAAAGAAAAAAAUUUUAAUGAAUCAUUAAAUUUAAAAAAAAAUAAAAUAAAUAAUAUUAACACUAAUAUUAAUAAAGAGAAUGAUAAUAUUUUUCAACAUGUCCAUAUUAUAAAACAAUAUUUAAUAUAUCCAAAAAUUAUUCAUUUUAAUUAUAUAUUAUUAAAUAAAGAAUUUGAAACGUAUAUUCAUAUACAUAAUACAAAUUCUAUAUAUCCAAUAAAUAUAUUUUUGUCACAUAGUAAUAAUAUACAAAUUAAUUAUCCUGAUGAAACAAACAAUAUAAAUCAUAGUCAAAUUAAUGAGAGCAACAUAUGUGAUUCUUAUAAAAAUACUAAAGUUACAAUAAAAGAAAAUACACAAAAAAAAAUGUGUCUAAAAUUUAAUUUAAAAAAUUAUAAUAUUUUUAAUAAUAAUAAUAAUCAAAUUAAUCAAAAUAAUGAAAAUUUUUUUUUUCCUCAAUUACAAAGUAAUAAUAAUGUAGAAGAAGAACAAAUAUGUAACCAUAUUAUUUCAAAAAGAAAUAGUAAAAAUAAUAGUGAACAUAAUUAUUUAAAUGAUACUUAUAAAGAUAAACCAUAUAAUAUAUAUCAUCAUAAAACCACACCAUUCUAUGAAAUAUAUAUUUAUUAUGAAUAUAUCUAUUUAAAAAAUGAAGAGCUUUGUUAUAUAGAUAAAAUAAUAUUCCAGGCCAAUUUAAUAUUAUUAAAUCUUUUUAUAAAUACUAACAUAUUAUAUUUUUCUCUUACAAAUAGGGAUAUAGACAUGUUUUAUAAUAACUAUUUCUUUGUAUAUAAUCCGUUUAAUAUAACAAUACAGAUGAAAUUAAAAUAUAAUGAGCAAGUCUUAAAAAUGAACAACCUUAUAAGUAUAUAUCCUGGUGAAUAUAAAAUUGUCCCAGUACAAUUUAUUCCCAACGAAGAUACAAAAAGUGUAGAAGAAUUUAUUCAAGUAAUAUUGGACGACUUCAGAUUAUACAAAAGCAUAAAAUGUUUGUGCUCUCCAUCCCAGUGUAGCUAUAAAAUUAACGUGACUGAAAUAAAUUUUGAUCAUGUCCUUUUAAAUAAAAAUUAUUCAAAAAGUUUUUACAUAACAAACACAAGUAAUUUUCCACUUGUUUUUAUGUGCGUUUAUAAACCCACAUAUGUACAUGUCCUUUCGAAGCGUAAUUAUGCUAAUAAAAAUGAAAAAAUAAAAAUUACCAUAUUGAUAAAUAUCAAAGAAGAUAUAAAAAUAAAAGACAAACUUAUAUUCUAUGUGAGACAAAGAGGAAACCUCAUUCUACCUAUAAGUGUCAAGGUGGCUCAAUCCAACAUUGUAAUAAUAAACUGUCCAGAUAUUAUACAAGAGAGCAUGGAACGUAAAAGCUAUCAGCUCAAUAUUUUAAACAAAGGCAUGUGUGAAGAAAGUAUUAUUAUUAAUUUCAAUGAAAUAACCUUUUUCAAUAUAUAUAUGCAAGAUGAAAAUAUAAGAAAUAAAAUGAGUUGUAUGAACUAUAAAAACAAAGAAUAUAAACAGAGUGAAGAGAAAAAAGAAAAUAUAUUUUUUAAUAUAUAUAAUUUAGAAUAUGAUAAUAUUAUAAUAGACGAAUAUAUAAAAUAUUAUUACAAUGAAUUUAUUUUAUUAUAUAAUAAUUUAUGUAAUAAUAAUAAUAAAAUAAAAGGUAUACUUCAUAUUUCAAAAGAACAAAAAUGUUUAAAUAAUUGUUAUAGAAUUAUAAUUCCAUCUAAUACAUUUAUAACUUUAAUUAUGGAAUGUUAUAUAAAUAAAAUAUAUCAAAGAGAGUUAUUUUUAUAUGAACAUGUAAUAUUAAAUAAUAAAUUUAUGAAUGAUGGAAAUUAUAAAGAUAAAUUAAAAAUUAAUAUAAAAAAUGAAUAUUUAAAAUUUAAUCCUUCUUAUCUUUAUUUUGAAGACAUUUUAUUAUUUAAUUCGGAGAAAUAUUUAAUCACCUAUUUUGAAAAAACUAUAACAAAAAAAUUGAAAAUCAAAAAUGUGUCUCCAGAAAAUUUAACAUGUACUGCACGAAUAUGUGAUUAUAAUCAAGAGGAGACAAAAACAUUACAACAUGGAAAGAUAUCUAGUAAUAAUAAUAUAUCAAGUGAUGAUAAUAAUGUCUAUAAAGAUAACAAUAUGUAUGAAACUAAUGGUACGAAUAAAAAUACAAUAAAAGAUAUAAAAGGAGAAGAAGAAAAAAAUAAACAUAAAAAUAAAAAUAUAAAUAUAAAACAUUUAAUAGACAUAAGUAAUGUACCAGAUAUUUUAAAAUCUAACGAAGAGUGUUAUAUAAAUAUAAAAGUUGAUAAUAUAGAAAAAGAAGGAAGAUAUGUUGAAAUGUUAGAAAUAUGUACUGAAAAUAAAAAUAAAAAACAAAAUGAAGAAAAAAUAAAAUAUUCUAUAUAUAUACUAAUAAAUUGUAAAGAUGUUAAAUUAUAUUUCGAUGUUUCUUAUAUUAAUAUUAUAUAUAAUAAAUUAAAUCAAUAUAAUUAUUUCUCUUUCCAUAUAUAUAAUCAUGGUUAUAAUUAUGUAAGAGUCAAUUAUAUUUUCAAUAAUAUAUUUAAAGAACAAUUUUUAUUAGAUAUACAAUUUUUACCAAACAACCAGCUAAAUAAGAAAAAUAAAAAAAUAAAAGUUAUUUUAAAAUAUAUGUCAAAAAUUAAUAUCAAACUUAAAACAUUUAUUACUAUAACUGUAAUGGACCAUGAAAAAUAUGACAUUCCAUUGUUCAUAAAUAUUAACGAAGAAAUUGACUAUCUCAUGGGAAAGGUAAAUUAUAAAAAUGUAAUAGAAAAUAAAGACAUAACAAAGAAUAGACAUGACAAGAAAUAUAUAUACAAAACGGAUGAGCACAUAUACGAAAAAAAUCAAAAUAAUGAGGAUCAAACUAAUGAGAAUCAAAAUGAUCAUGAUAUAUCACACAUUUAUUCUUAUGAUAAACAAAUAAAAAGUGAAGCGUCUACAAAUAAAGCCCAUUUAUUAUCAUCACACAUGUCAGGUGAACACAAAGAUAAUGUUCAUAUUAUAAAUGACAAUAAAAAUAUAAGUUAUUUUACUAAAGAGCAAGAAUUUGCCCUAUAUAAUAAUAUGUCUAUACCAUAUACUCUUAAAUAUAAACAAAAUAAAAAUGUUAAUGUAAAUGAAAAUGAAAACAUAAUCUCCUCCUUUUACAAACAAAAUAUGGAAGAAUCAAGUGAUAUAUAUAGUAAUAUAUUUAAAAAUCUACAUAUUGAAAAUAUAAGAAAUCCUUAUUAUAAUACAAAUGAAGAACCAAUAAUUAAUUUAAAAGAAAUUGUACAUGAUUAUAUUUUUAUAUUUAUUCAACAUGUUAUCAUAAAUAAAAAUUAUUUCCCACAAAUAAUUGAAAACACUAAUGAUCUAUAUGUAUUUUUUUUAAACAUUUUAUAUGAUCUAUCUAUUAUAUUUAAUAGUAGCAAGAAUAUACAAAAUAUAAUAAAUGAACUAAAAGGAUAUGAACACAUGCAAAAUAAUACUGUUGAAAAAAAUGACUUUUUAAAUGAGAGCUUUUUAAAAAACAUGAAGUCUCUAACAGAAUGGUUGAUCCAAGAGAACCUACUAAUAUAUCAUAUAAUGUAUGAAAAUUUAUUACCUCUUAAUUUGUACCUACAUUAUAUUUUUAAAAACAUACCAGAAUACUUUUAUAUAAAAAAGGAAAGUGAUCAAAGAGAAAAAUCCAAAGAAAGAAAGAAUGUAGAUAACUCAAUACUAUAUGAUAGUAAAAAAGAUAUAGAUGAGGAAGAAUAUAAUGAAGAAAAAAAAAAUUUCAUAAAUAUAUCUGAUAUACAAUCAUUUUUAAACAAUGAUAAUUACAAAGGAGAUAAUAACAUUUUUUAUUUAGAUAAUAUAUUUAAAACAUAUAUUAAAUUAUUUAUAUAUUCUUGGAUUACUAUAUUCUUAGAUAUUAUUUUUAAGAGAAUCUUUUCUUUUAUAACUAUUACAUCGUUAUAUAAUUCCAGAGGUAUUAAACUAUGUACUCUUGAAAAUAAUAUAUAUGAAAAUAUUCAUAUCAGUAAAAUAAAUUAUCUUAUAGUAUUAAAUAUACAAGACAAUCAAAUUAACAAGUAUGCGUGUUUUUCUACAAAUGAAAAAAAAAAAAAUUAUAUAGAUAAAAAAAAAAAUACAUAUAUAGAUAAAAAAAAAAAUACAUAUAUAGAUAAAAAAAAAUAUAUACAUAUAGAUAAACAAAAAAAUGAAAAUUCAAAUAUAAAGGUACAAGAUUUAUCAUAUAAUCAUAAUAAAUAUAAUGAAGUUUCAAAUAUACAAGAAAAAGCAUACUUUCAUUUUUAUCAAAAUAAUUUUAUAGACAUAAAGGAAGUGCUACAUAAAAUUGGACAGUCAGAAGAUACAAAUCUCUCAAAAAAAAACGAAGAAAUAAAAGAAACAAAUAAGGACUCUUAUCAUACAAAUAAUCUUUAUAAUAAUAGAAACAAUUUCAAAAAUAAUGUGAAGGAAAAUAAUCAAAUGAACAAAAUUAUAAAAAAGGAGACACCAAAAAUAUUAGAUCAAAAAAAGAAAAAAAAUACGAAUAAAGAAGAAGAAAAAAAGAAAAAAAAUACGAAUAAAGAGGAAGACCAAAAGAAAAAAAAUACGAAUAAAGAGGAAGACAAAAAGAAAAAAAUGCAAAACACUGCAAUUACAGAGAAAUACGAACAUAAUAAUAAUCUCAACAUUAAAUUACAUACAAAUAUAAAUUAUUAUAAAAAAAUAGAAGUUAUUUUAUAUGAAUGGUUAUAUUUUCAUUAUAAUAAUGUAUAUAACACCAAAGUAAAAAAACAAAAAUUUAUAUUUUUACAACAAAAAAAAGACAUAUCAAAAGAUAAUAAGUCAUGUGUUCAAUAUGAUCAAAAUAAAAGCGAUUCAGAAAUGAAAGAUAGAAAUAGCACAAAAAAAGAUUUAAUGUAUGAUAAGGUUAUAACAAAUAAAAGGAACUACAUGACUGAUAUGGAUAUUCAACAUGAUAACAAUAAUAAUGAUAAUAAUAAUAUUAGAUGUGAUAUACCAUUCUAUGUUGAGAAAAAAAAAACGAAGAAAAAGAAGAAAAAGAAAAAAAAAAAAAUUUUAAAAAAAAAGAAAGAAAUCAUCACAAAUCUACAUGAAUUAAAUGAUCUUGUUAUUAUCAUAUAUACCAUAAUUUCUCAUAUUCCUUAUUUUUUAUUUUUUAAAAAUAAAAUUAAAGAUCCAUGUAAAUGUAAAAAAGAUUAUUUAUAUAACAUAGACAUACUAUUAUUAAUUUUGAAUACCAUUAAAUUAAAUAAUUUAAUAAGUAGAAAUGUAUUAAUACAAUUUAAUUAUGUUCAUAUAUUUAUAUUCUUAUCAUCCUUAUAUAUCAUAUUACCAAAUUAUAUUCCAAAUUAUUAUUUAGUUCUAGAUGAUUUUUCAUCAUAUAAAAAUGAUAUAAAUAUAAUAAAAGGAAAUUUACAAAAAAACACAAGAACAAAAAAAUUAAAGCAACAUCAUAUGGAUAAUAAGAUAAAGAAUAACAAUAAUAAAAAUAUAAAUGAUAACCAUGCUCAUAAUAAUUAUUAUCAAGAAAAACAACCAAAAACAAAUAUUACAUGUGAUGAAAAAAUCAAUGAACGAAUUAUUUAUAUAUAUAAUUCUAAUAAAUACAUGUGUUCAUAUGAUAUUUUUCUGAUAGGAUCUAAAAAAUAUACAAUUGAUAAAAAUCAUAUAACUAUAAACUCAUUGAAACAUGAAGAAAUAACUAUAACCAUUGAUCCACAUUAUGAUGAUCAUAUUAUUAAAUAUAACUGCAAUAAUAAUAUUUUUUUGAAAGAUAUUAAUAAAAUGAAAUAUAAAAAAAAGGAUAAACGUUUUGAACACACUAAUAGUGAAAACGAAGUUUCUGAUAGUAGUGCAAACGAUUCAUCAUUGUCAUCAUCACUGUCAUCAUCACUGUCAUCAUCACUAUCAUCAUCACUAUCGCCAUCACUAUCAUCAUCACUAUCAUCAUCACUAUCAUCAUCACUAUCACCAUCACCAUCAUCUUCCAAGUCUUACAAUCAUUCUCGGUGUGAUGAAUCAAGUAUCCCUAAAAAUAUAGAAAAAAAUAAAUCAAAUUCAAAACAUAUAAAACAUAUACCUAUCGAUAAAAGUAACAACUAUUCAAUUCUUGUUUUGAGGGAAUCAAAUAAUAAUUUAAUGGACUUAAAAACGACAGAUGAAAAAUUCAUUUGCAUAAAAAUUAUAGAGGGGAAUAAUAAGGACUCGAAAAAAUCACAUUUAGAGAUGAAUAAAAAUAAUAUAAAAAAUAAAGAUAAUGAAUAUAAUUCUCCAAAUGAUAAAACAAAAGAGAGACAAAUAAAAGGUGAUGUAUAUAAGAAUAUGUAUUCAUCAAAUUGUGCUGAAUUCAAUAUGAUUUUAAAUGAUAGUGAAGUGAAAUAUAUUAAUUUUAAAGGUAUGGUGUAUGAAAAAAAAAAAAUCCAAAUAAAUAUGAUAAAUAAUUUAGAUAGAAAAGUGGAGAUUACAACAAAUGUUUAUCAUAUAUAUUUAAAUGAUAGAAAAAAGGAAAUAAAGAAAAAAGAAAAUUUUGAUAAGGAUAUAUAUAAUUUAAAACAUAGUAAAGGGACCCCAAAUAAUAUAAAAAAUAAUAUAAAAAAUAAUAUAAAAAAUAAUAUAAAUAAUAAUAUAAAUAAUAAUAAUAGUAAUACUUUGAAUGUUAACUAUGAUAUGUAUUAUGAAUGUGAUGCCUGUAAAAAUAUAAAUAAUCAUCUAAAAACAUAUAUAAAUAAAGAUGAUAUAAAUUUCCAGUGUGUUUAUUUAGAUAAAGAAAAGAAUAUAUAUGUUAAUAAAGAUAAUUGUAGUACUAAAAUAAAUUUUCAUUUUUCUCCUUUUUUUCAAGGUACUUAUUAUUGUUUUCUUUUAUUUUAUGUUUUAUGUACUAAAACAAAAUUACUUUUAUCAACUUGUAAAAUCAAUUGUGUCUUUUAUAUAAAUUUUAUAAAACCGGAAGAGGUUAUUAAGAUAAAUUAUAAAUCUAAUAAUUUUACAUAUGAUCUUAUUUUAAGACCAUUGAAUAAACAAUUUUUAAAGAGUAUUUAUUACAUUUUAUAUAAAUUAAAUAAUAGCAAUAAUAAUGUAUUUUUUUCAAUUUAUAUAAAGAGAUAUUUAGACAAUAUAUAUAUGAAUAAAGAGGAUUUUUUUAUUUUAUGUGACUGUGCUAAUAAAGUAAAAAUUAAAGAUAAGAAAAUAUCUUUUACAAAUUUUAAAUAUUUAAAUGAUGAUAUAAUAAAUAACAAUAUAGAUAUUGAUAUAUUAUGUGAUAUGAUAAAAAGGGAUGUCACUUAUUCAUGUAAAUUAGAAAUAAAUGAAGAAAUGAAUGGUGUCUUUGAAUAUAACCUUUAUCUUUUAAAAGGGAAACAAUAUAAUGUACAAAAGAAUUUAUUCAUGAUAAAAGAUAGAGGAGAAAAUUAUAUGAACGACGAAAUGUUAUCAUAUAUGGAGUGUGAAAAAAAUAUAAAUAAUAUGUUAUCCUCUCCAAAAAAUAAUAGCAUCAAAAUGAUAAGUAAUAAUUGUUAUAAUUAUUUUCUUUGUGAUGAUGAACUUGUUUUACCUUUUUGUAAGCCAAUGGUAGUAGAUAAUUAUUAUCAUUAUUGUGAUAUAAAGCUAUACAAAAUAAUAUGCAAUAUUAAUGAUGAAAAUAACAUAAGAACUAUUAAUAUAAAUUUAAAAGCUGGUAUGAUAUACAAAAAAAAUAUUCCUUUAUUUAAUUAUAGUAAUAAUAAUAUUACAUAUAAAUGUUGUUUUUCAGAUAUUAUGAAUGAUAAAAAUAUGAUUAUUAAUUAUAAUAUAUUUACUUGUAACGAAUAUAUUGAAUUAAAAAAAGAUAUGGAAAUAUAUAAUUUUGAAGUUACAUGUUUUUGUCCUAUCGGUGGAAUAAAAUUCAGUUUAUUUUUUAUUUUGACAAAUAUACUUAAUGAACAAGAUAAAAUAAAAAUAAGAAUUGAAGGAUAUAUAUCAAAACCUGUUCCUAGAGAAAAUAUACAAAUAAAUGUUUUAAAUAAAAUAAAAAAAAAUAUACAAAUCGAAAUUUUUAAUGAAUUAGAUAUUCCAUGUGAAUUCAAAAUAUAUUCAGACCUGUUCAUAUUAUAUGGAGAAAAAAAAAAAAUUGAAAUGAUGCCUAAACAAAAAAAGGUUUAUACAUUUUUUAUAAAAAGUUCACAUAUUGGUGAAUUUAUUGGUUGUCUUAUAUUCAAGUUUUAUAAAUAUAUAGAUAUAAAUAAUGAAAAUAAAGAUUCCUUUUUUUCUGAUUAUUUUUUUUGGUAUAGAUUAAAUAUUGUAGUAGAAUUAAAUGAGCCUAUGAAAAUUUUAUAUCUAGAAACUUUUAUAGGACAAGAAAUCACAAAAGAUAUUAUUAUAAAAAAUAAUGCAAAUAAUAAAGAAGAAUAUUUCUUGUUAUUAUAUAUCAAUGAAUAUAUUGAAAAAAAACAAAUACAAAUAGAAAAAAAUGAUAUAUAUAUUUAUAAAAUUAUAUAUUUACCUUAUAUACCUAAUUAUUUUUAUAAUAUUCAAACCUCAAGUAGUUCACAUUCUAAAUCAUUAACAGGAAACGAAAAUAAUAAUUACUUUAAUGACAUUCAUCAAAAAAAAAAAAAAUUACAUUUGGAUGAGGAAAAAAAGGUAUUUGAUGGUUUUAUACAACAUGAAGAUGAAAAAAAUGAAAAAAAUGAAAAAAAUGAAAAAUUAAAAAAUUAUAAAAAGUAUGAAAAAUUAAAAAAUGAUUCAUCAAAAAAACAUAUAGAAGAUACAAUCAAUAUUGAAAGUAAUAAUAAUAUACAACAACAUAAUAAUAAUAUUAUAAACAGUCUAUACAAUUUUUAUUAUUCAAAUGGAGAAUAUAAUAAUACUCCACAAUGUUUAUAUGAAUCAAAAAAUAAAGACCCAUUUACACAAAAAUGUGAAGAAAAAAAUAGAAAUUCAACUGACGUUCAUUUUGAACAUAAACAAAAAAAGAAUUUUCAAUCAAAAGAAAAACAAAUAUUUGAAGAAUUAAUUAAUUAUUGUAAAAAUAAAUAUAUUAAUAUAAACAAUAUCAAUUAUGAUAAUCAUAAUAUCGGUUUCUUUUUUAUAUAUAAUAAAAAACAAGGAAUAAAUUAUUAUAUUUUAAUAUUAUUAUCCAAAUUUAAAAAUAAAUUGAUAAUAAAUAAUUUUUAUACAAAUUUGUCAAAGGAAUGUUAUAUAAAUAUUCAUUUCAAUUUUCAACAUGAACAAGAAAGGCAAGUAAAACAAUUACAAAAAAAAGAUAAACAAAAAAAACAACAUACUUUUUCAUAUGAAAUAAUAGAACAAAUUGAUAAAAUUGAUAAAAUUGAUAAAAUUGAUAAAAUUGAUAAAAUUGAUAAAAUUGAUAAAAUUGGUAAAAUUGAUAAAAUUGGUAAAAUUGAUAAAAUUGAUAAAAUUGAUAAAAUUGAUAAAAUUGAUAAAAUUGAUAAAAUAAAAAAUGGGGAAAAUAAAAAUAACAUAUAUAGUUUAUCAAGUGAUAUAUGUUCAAAUAAUGAUGUACCCUUUUCUUGUUCUACACAUGAUGUUUAUAAGAAUCAUUUAAAAAAUUCAUUAUUAGAUUCAGAUGAAGAAAAUUAUUCUUUAAAUUAUGAUAAUAAAGAACAAGAAAUAAAUCAUUCUUCAAAUAUUAAAUGUAUCUAUUUGAGUAAUAAAAUUAAUUAUACUAUUUUAAAAAAUGAAGAUAAAUUAAAUAAUAAAAUUGUUAUUAAAUACAAACCAACUAUAGGAACAUCUCAAGAUUGUUAUAUAAUCAUAAGAAAUAAUUUAUAUGGAGAUUUUAUUUAUUUUAUGAGAGGAAUGUAUGUUGUGAAAAAAAAAAUAAAAGAACAAAUGGUUUUUUAUAACUCCUCUUUUUUGUAUCAUUUCGUUAUAAAUCUUUUUAAUCCUUUUAAUUGUAAUGUAUGUGUUAAAUGUGGAUUAAAAGAAAAUAACAUAAAAAAUAAAAAUAACAUAAAAAAUAAAAAUAACAUAAAAAGUAAAAAUAACAUAAAAAAUAAAAAUAACAUAAAAAGUAAAAAUAACAUAAAAAAUAUAAAAUAUAUAAAAAAUUACGACAUACAUAAUAACCAUAUCAACACAAUAAAUAAAAAAAAAAAAACCAAGCACUCAUAUUUGAAGGCAAAAAAAUUAUUAUUAAAUGAUCAAAAAAAUUAUUUUCUUAUCAUCAAUAAUGAUAAUUUUGUAAUUAAAGACAGGAAGGAUUUCCCUCUACUUUUUAUAUCAUUCUGUAAAUAUGAACCAUCAUAUCAUAAAACAUUAAUCAUAAAAUUACAACCAAUAUAUAAUAAAAAUAUACAUAACAUACAAAUAUCUUCUAUUAUAUAUGAAUAUAAUUUAAUUUUCAAUAAAACAAAUCCACAAAAAAAUCAAAUAGAAAGUAAUAUAUUAAAUCAUUUUGUCUUAUCCAAUUUAUAUACAAAAAAAUACUUUACACAUGAAUAUCAAGCUAUACAAAUUGAGGAAAAUAAAAAUGAUGUGGAGGAAUUUAAAAUGAAUAUACAUGAUUCAAAUGGAAAUAAAAAUGAUAUUUGCAAGUCAAGUGAUAAUGAAAAUGAUAUUUUCAAGUCAAGUGAUAAUGAAAAUGAUAUUUGCAAGUCAAGUGAUAAUGAAAAUGAUAUGUUAGACACAUCUCCACAUGAAUCUAUUAGUAUGUACGAGUCAGGUGACAGAUAUACCACAGACAGCCAAAAGAGUGAUACUACAAAUGAGUUGUUCAUUGAAGAGUUAAGAAGAGAAUAUAUAGAAAAAAGGAGUAUGAGUCAAAACGGAAGAGAUCAUAGAAACAAUUAUGAUUAUAAUUUUAAUGAUGAUUGUUAUUUAAUAAAUGAUAAUGAUAUAAUUUAUUACGAUAAAAAGAUAUUUGUUGAAAGUAUUUGUCAAAAGAAAACAUGUGUACGAAUAUAUAUAGACAAAAAGAAAAUAAGAGAAAGUCCAAAUUAUGAUAGUUUAAUAGAUGAUUUAGAAAUAUGUAAAAAGAAAAAGUGUGUAUUACACAGAAAUGUUGAAAAGGAUGAAUGGAAUUAUAAAAUAUAUUUAAUAAAAUUAACAAAUAUGUAUGAUAACAAUAAUAAUAACAAUAGUGAUGAUAUAAUAAAUAAGAGAAUAAUCACAAUGAAUAAUAUAUUAUUUGAAAUGAACGAUGAAAUGUUAAAUGAUUAUAUAUAUGUAAAUGUAAUAGAAGAUACAGAAGAAGGAUUAUUAAUAGAUAUAGAGUUGUUGGCAUAUUUACCUUUUCAUUGUAAUUUUUUUCUAAUGAUUAAAAAAAAAAUGAAAGAAAAGAUAAAUGGAAAUAAUAAGAAAGAUAUAAAUAUAUCAUCAGAAAAUUAUACUAAGAAGGAUAUUAAUAUAUUACCUCAGUUUAAAGAUAAUAAUAAUAAUAAUAAAUAUAUAAUAAAUGGUAUUGAAAAAAAUUGUAUAUUUAUUGAAAUAUUUAAUAACCUUAGAAUCUGUAGUAAAUAUAUAAAUAUAUUUGUUGAUAAAAAUUUAUGUUCAGAAAUCAAGUUAAAUAUAUAUUAUAAAAAUAAUAGUGAUUCUUAUUUUAAUGCAUAUAUGAUUAAUUACAAUGAAUAUAAUACAAAUGAUGACGUCAAGAAUGAGAUUUUAAAUUAUGAUAUCAAACCAUCUUCAGGUGUUUUAAAACAUAAUAGCUAUAAUAAAUUUAUAAUUAUAAGGACUAACAAAAAUGGAGUAAUAAAUAACAAUAACGUUUUUCUUCUCUUGAUCAAAACGGAAAGAAAAAUUUUCUCUUACAUUAUAUUUUCUCAUUACAAGCAUACAAGAACUAUAUUUACAAAGGAUGAGUAUAAUAAGAUAUAUGAUAUAAUGAAUGAAAACAAAAAAAAAUUCAGCGAAGUUUUUAAUACAUUCAAGGAAGAAAAAAAAGAAAGUGUUGUUUUUAAUGAAAGGAAUCAAAUUAUUAUUGAAGAUAUACAAAAAUCAACAAAUGAAAUUCAAAAUAUUUAA